AUUGUGGUAACGCAACCAACAUCAUUUUCAUAACAAUCUUUCUUCGUUUCAGUUGGUUCACGCACCAUCUGCAACAUUAAAUAAGGCAAGAAACUUGAAUAACGCAUUCAAAAUUACUUCUGAUAUUCUUAAGGAGAAAAACAAAAAAUCAGUUCACGGAAUAUCUAGCAUUUAAAUUCUUACACGAAGUCUGUUGAAUGUUGCUGAAACUAAUAAUGAUAAUGCAUUCGACAUUACUUCUGACCUUAGGAGAGAAGCAAAAAAUCAGUUCACAAAUAUUUAGCAUUAAAAUUCUUAUACAAAAUGUGUAGAGCGUGGCCGAAAUUUGGAGAUCGCCGUUCACAUGUAUGCUUUAUUUGCCUUAAAGAAUUUCGUUACAUCGAAUGAAAAUCCUGUAAAACCUGUCUGAGAACAAAUUAAAAAAUAGCUGUAAUUUCUUGAAAUGAUACACUUGAUAAAUGAACAUGCUACAUCGGGUUUCGCAAUUAUUUAUUACAUGUGGUCACUUCUUUUCUUAUUUCUAGAUGUCAUAUUUACAUUUUAUAUGUAAAGCAUCUCGAGAACGUAAAAGAGUGCUGUUUUUAUUUAGAACUUUACAGUCUGUAGGUACUUAGUUACGGUAAGCUUGUGAGACACAAUGGCGCCUUAGCAACAAAGUCUACGGAUCGACGGAAAACGCUUUUUAUCCUACCCUCAUAUAAGAUAUAGCACAAUAUCAGCCUGCCUAAUAAACUUUGCUUUAUCUAGUCAGUGUCAAGAUAUCACUUUUGCGGGAACUUUUGAAAUCACUUUAUUUUAUCAAAAUUUUGCAUUUUAAUCAUCACCAUUGUAUUUGAAAUGUCUGAACUUAGUAAAUGAGUGGUCAAAUCAAAGGUUUUUAUCCUGAAACAAAAAAGUUAUUGCUAUUUUUCACUUUUACAGCACUUCAGCCGGAAAUUUUGAAAACAAUUUUUUUCCAAAUUUUCAUUGAAACUGUUAUCAUGGUAUUGAAAAUGUUCUAACUAAGAAAGUAAGUGGUCAAAUCAAAAGUUUUUAUCCAGAAACAAAAAAGUUAUUGCAUUUUUUCAAUUUUCCACAAACUGAAUUACACUAGCAAACGUCAUAUUAUAUGACGUCAAGUCUGCACGCCGUUUAGCCGUUGCUCUUUCCAACGACUUUUUCCCAAUUUUCUGAACAGGUAGGAUAAAUAGAAUAUUAGAUUACUGUUUGAAAAUGUUUUAAUUUAUUAGGCUCGUCUACGAAAAAAUAUAAGGCUCGACAGAGCCUCGCCUAAUAUAUUUUCUUCAACUCGCCUAAUAAAUUUUAAUUUAUCAGACAGUAACCUAAUAUUCUCUAUAUCUUAUUGGCCAAUAUUAUUGGUUUGAUUGACAGAUCGGAUCCAUGCAUUGAUUUAUAUACUUAGUAAACUAAAAAUACAUUUGAUGAGGAUUUCCUCUUUUUUUUUUUUUUUUGCUUAAACUAUUUUAGUGAAAGUUUGGCAUUGGAUCAUCUGUUAGUGAGUACGUUAAAUUUCAAUCAGUCUAAAAAUUCCAUCCUAAUAGUUGUAUGUGCUGUGCCCAUUUUGAUCAUGGGACAGAAAUUUGAAUACAAAUAUUCAUUCUGCAAUUACUUGAAAUACCUCCGAUUCUAUCUAUGGAACGCCCAGAAUUGUACAAUAUGAUGUGCGAACAAAUAUUUCAUUUUAAACGAAACUUUGGGAAAUAUUUAUAAAAUUAUUCUAAAUUAGCUGAAUUUUAUACAUGUGAUUUCAAUUUGAGAAGAUACAAGGAUAUUAACUAUCAUUGUUUAAAAAUCAAAAAUUCCAGAACGGAAGAAAAUAAAACUAGUUCAAUUUCCUUAUUAUAUCAUUGUCUAACAUUUAGGUCUUUUGGAUAGAACAUUUAUAUAUUUUAUUGUUGUCAGUAUUUUAGUUUGUAUUUUGAGUAACGUUGAGCAGGGUUCGUCAGUCAUAGAAUUGUAGCAUGGAUCACGAAGCUAAAAAUAGAAACAUAACAGCGGAUGACAAUGGUCAGUUUUCAGGAGAAAUGAAUAGUGGCUCAACCAAUGCUCUUCAUCACCACCACCACCACGAAAGUAGCAUGGAUCACGAAGGUAACAAAAGAAAAACAGCGGAUACCAGUGGUCAAUUUCAUGGAGGAAUGAAUGGUGCCUCACACAAUGCUCAUCAUCAGCAUCAGCAUCAUCAUCACAGUUGUAGCAUGGAUCAUGAAGGCAAAAAUAAAACAACAGCGAAUGACAAUGGUCAUUUUGGUGGGGAAAUGGAUGAUGCCUCAACCAGUGCUCCUCAUCACCUAUCUCAUCAUCAUCACCAACAUUAUCCACUACCAUUUGUACAGAAAACGGGAUUUCUCAGACCAAAUGAUAUGCAUUUCAUCUGUGGAGUACCACACCCAAAUGCUCGAAGGGUCACAGUCAAUCUGCAAUGUGGAAAUGACGUCAUCGCAUUUCACUUUGAUGUGCGCUUUAAUUACCUGAGUGGCAGAAAUGUUAUUGUUCGAAAUACAAAUAUAAAGAAAGGUUGGGGUCCCCCGGAAAUAUAUCUACCUGGCGGUUACUUCCCCUUUCAGCCGAACAAGUAUUUCGAGAUGAUAAUUCUGGCUGAACCUCAUUGUUUCAAGGUAGCCGUGAACAACCAGCACUUACUGGAGUUCAAGCACAGGAUACCUCUUGAUCGUGUAGAUACACUCUACAUUAAAGGUGACGUAAUGCUCACACAAGUCAAAUUCAAGAAUUGUAGCAUGGAUCACGGAGCUAAUAAUGGAAUAAUAACGAGUGACAAUGGUCAUGCCUUACACGAUGCCCAUCAACCUCACCACCAUCACUGUCCUGGAUGCCAGUGUCAUAAAGCAGACGAUAGGAAAGUCAGUACACACAAUAGUUUUCAGCCACCACCUUAUGUACUGAAAACGGGAUUUCUCAGACCAAAUAAUAUACAUUUCAUCUGUGGAGUGCCACACCAAAACGCUCGAAGAGUUACAAUCAAUCUUCAAUGCGGAAAUGACAUCGUCGCCUUUCACUUUGAUGUGCGAUUCAAUUGCAUAGGGUGCAGAAACGCUAUAAUUCGAACCACAAAAGAUAGCAAAGGAUGGGGUCCUGAGGAAAGAGGGCUACCUUACUUCCCCUUUCAGCCAAACAUGAAUUUCGAGAUGAUAAUUCUGACCGAACUUCAUUGUUUCAAGGUAGCCGUGAACAACCAGCACUUACUUGAGUUCAAGCACAGGAUACCUCUUGAUCGUGUGGAUACACUCCAUAUUACUGGUGAUGUCACGCUCACACAAGUCAGAUUCCAAGAAUGCAUGGAUCACGAAGCUAACAAUGGAAUAACAACAAGUGACAAUGGUCAAGCCUUACACGAUGCCCAUCAACCUUACCACCAUCACUGUCCUGGAUGCACAUGUCAUAAAGCAGACGAUAGAAAAGUCAGUACACACAAUAGUUUUCAGCCAAUACCUUUUGUACGAAAAACUGGAUUUCUCAGACCAAAUAAUAUACAUUUCAUCUGUGGAGUACCACACCCAAACGCUAAAAGAGUCACAUUCGAUCUACAAUGCGGAAAUGACAUCGUCGCCUUUCACUUUGAUGUGCGAUUCAAUUACCUAGGUUGCAGAAAUGUUAUUGUUCGAAACACAAAAGAUAGGAAAGGCUGGGGUCCCGAGGAAAGACGGCUACCUUACUUCCCCUUUCAGCCAAACAUGAGUUUCGAAAUGAUAAUUCUGACUGAACAUCGUUGUUUCAAGGUAGCCGUGAACAACCAACAUUUACUGGAGUUCAAGCACAGGAUACCUCUUGAUCGUGUAGAUACACUCUACAUUACUGGUGAUGUCACGCUCACACAAGUCAGAUUCCAGGAAUGAUCUGAAUAGGCAGAGAUCCCUAAUGUUGAUUUGUUUUAUCAAGACUUUCCAAACAUUUUUUCCUCAUGCUUUAGCACACAGAAAGUGUAUAGAUGAUCAGGCCCCGUGUUCACAAAAUAUUUUUCGGUCUCAGCUGAGUUUGAGUUUGAAAUUUUAAUAUCGAUUUUGCUAAAACUUUAAGGUUAACUUCCAACAGAGACUGACCAUUUAUACUGAAUAGUCACACGAAAAUAGUUAUUCACUUAAAAAUUAGUUUUAAACAUGCUAUUUAGAUAUAAAAGACAAAUAAAGUUUCAUUAUCAAACUCAGCUGAGACUGAAAAUGUUUUGUGAACACGAGGCCAGGAACAUUUUAUUGUACACUGUAGACUGACUGACAGUGUGUGACUAGUAUAAACAGCUAGUAUAAUUAUGAAUUUUAUUUGAAGUAACAUUCGAAAGGAUGUCAAGUCUGCAAUGAUUGGAGAUUACUAAUGUCAUAUUUUUCUGUUAAAUGCUAACACUUUCUCGACUAAAUGUUUAUAUUUCCUCAUGGGGUGAAGUGCUCUGUUUUGUUUCAAAUUCUAACUUUCAAGUCACAGCUACCGCGGCUAAAACGUUCUACAUUCGACCACGUAAGUAGCUUUGAGGUUAGAGAAUAGGAGUUUCAUUCUUUCUGGUGUGAAGUGUUCUUCUACAAAUUUAAACUUUCUUGUAACAGCUAUCAUGACUAUAAAGUUUAACAAUUUUCCCACGUUAUUAGUUUUGAGGUUACAGCAGAAGAUGAGGACUUCGUGGCCGAGUAGAUAAAUGCUAGGGUUGUUGACUUAGAAUUACUUGCCUCUCGCAUCUUUGGGUUCAAAACCUUGCUUUUGGUCUAGAGCUCUUUCAUGUGAAGAACCCAGGUUCUUGAAAUAACGCCAAUCAGAAGAUAUGGAGUCUUCAUCCGCUAUUAAAAGCUGGAACAUCUCCACAUGACCUAUAAUUGUGUCGGAUGGACGUAAAACACCCUCACCCUAUACACCCACACACAUAUGAACACACGCACGCACGCAAACACAAAAAACAACACUAAAAAUAAUAUGUAAUUAUUAUUUUGUGAAGGGAGUUGCAACACGUACGGAUACACAUACAGGGAUGAACAAGUAAACCGUUGCUAGGGUGGAGGGGUUAGGGGCAUGAGAGGUGUUGUAUAUUUCAUUACCUGUCAUAAACAUAGUCAAGCAUAUUAUAUACUUGUAAAAGAUUUAUAGAUUUUAUAAAUUAUCAGAACAACAGUCAUUAAGUGUCAUAUGGCUUUCUAAAAAUUUCCUCUCCUUAUUUGUCAAGCAGAAAAUAUUUCUUUUAUUUACAAUUUUGUCAAAAUGUUGAUCCGAUUUAUUGAUAAGGGGGGUUACUCUGUAAGUCAAGUUUUCUAUUUCUGACCUCAACAUGACCUACUUACCUACUUACCUAUCUAAUUUUCUAGAAAGACAGAUAGCAUUGUUUUAUAUCACGUAAUAAGUUGCAUUACAUACAUUUCUUAUAUUUUCUUUUUGCCAUUUUUUGUUUAUUCACUAAAAUCUAUUGUGCAAUAUCGUGGGUCCUUUUACUAUUCACUGUGUUCAGUUUAUCAUUCCGAAACUAUUUAUUACCAUCUUUACAGGGUCCAAAAUAAAAGUGUAUCCCAUAUACUCGACACCGCCUCCUGGCGGCGUCGAAUAAAUAGAACACAUCGCAGAUAUACCAUACUGCAACGCGUGAAUUGCGGACAAGGGAGCGUUCAUGUACUUUACAAUAAUUAACCUUUCAGUAAACUUCGAGAGAAUAUUAAGAAAUAAAAAUACGUAAAAUUACACUUUGCCUGCAUAAAAUUCCUUGAAAAAACGUAUUAACAAAUUAAAUAAAGUAAUCAAUAAGCAUUAUAUAUGUUGAAAUGAACGUAGGAAGUACCACACUUAACUUAUUUUUAAUCUUUUAUCUUAUUUUCUUUGUUGAUAAGUACAGUGAUGUAAUUUCAGAAUGCGCACAUUUUUGCAGAUUCCUUUUACAGUUGUAUAUUUAUUUAAUUGUUAUGGUUACCUUACUUUUGAAGCAUGGAGUUACCCAUUUGUGACCACAUGUACAACUGGUCAGAAUAUUUCUAAAUAUUUUAUAGGCUCAUCUUGAUUCUAACCUUUAACUUUUUUUUUGCUUAUGUGUUAUAUACUUAUUGUUUACAGAUAUUCACUGUCAACUAAGGUGUCCAAUAAAGGGUCAUCAUUGGCUCAAUUUGUCAGUGACAAGUUAAUACUUCUUUAAAAUGUGGUUAGAUCGAAAAUAUCAAAAGCCAUGGGACCAUAACUUAUCAAAGCAUCAGUGACUUUCAAAUAGAUUUCCUUGUUGAAUUUAUAUUUUCAUUAAUUUUAUAUGACUAGUCAGUUGCUCUUGUUGUAUUAUAUCUUGUUACUUGUUUCAUUUUUUCUUUUAUUACUUUUAUAGAUAGUUUGUUUUUGUAUCUGUCCAUUCCUGUCUAACUUAAAAAAAGAUUUUCAUUAGAACAUUUUCUACACUUUGGCAGUGGGUUAUUAUGCUUGCUUAAUUUCUUGUAAUAUUAGAUUUGAAUCUAGACACUGACAUAUUCCUAGUAACCUUACGGUUCAACGCGGACUUCAAGUUUACCGUUCGUCCAAAAAAAAAAUGAAUUCUAUGUUAUUCCAAAAGUAAGUAAGAAAGAUUCCUGACAUUUGCUUUGUGAAUAGGAGCAAUUUAGAGAUUAUUCAAGUUAUAUCAUUCUUUUCUUGGACAAGAUUUUUGGUUGUUUUGGCAACGGAAACUGUAUAAUCUGCGUUCUGAAAUCUAUAAUGUAGGAGUGACUAAGGUCCAUGAAACUUAAUCAGGGAAUAGAAAACACUCAUUACAUUAUAUGAUAAUAAAAAUAAUGGUUUCUGUGAACCACAACUUUGAAAUAAUUAUCUUUCAACAUUUCCUCAUUUUUCAACAAACUGCAUUUCUGUGAACCUUCAUACACAUGCUCCUUUCAUAGGUGCUGACCUUAGUUGGUGAAAUAAUUACUUUAAUUUUGGAUGUAAAGGGACCAGCUACUCGCAGUGUCAAUGUCAUUGCAGGUAGAGGAUUUGUAAUGUAUGAUAAUACUUUUCUAUCAUGCUUAUUCUUCAUGCUCUUAACAGUUUAUAACAUAUAUUGUAUUAUGUGCUACUGUUGAUAAUUUUUAACCAGUCAGACUAACCACACUAAUAACUAGGUGAUUUCUCAUAUUGCAAUAAAUGUACUUUAGACACAACACUUGGCGGCGUCUUUGAUGCUUGCAUCAAUGAAUUUCCUUGUAAGUUACAGGUAUACAUGUAUGAUAUGGUUCUACAGGUAUCUGCUUUUUUAAAAAAAUAAUCGUUUUAUUUUAUUUCCGUUAUUUGAAUGAUACUGUGGGCUAGAAAAAAUCACUUGUAUUUGGAGCGGAUUGAACAUGUAUUUGGCUGUCGGGCAACUCUUAUUUUCCGCCUCGUUACUGCCUUAACAGGUCCUCUCGAACCACAUAUUAAAAUCCGCAUCUUCAGUCAGUGAAAGAUUCUUAUACUACUAUUAUACUAGUAUAGUGAAUUAUAUUUCAUACGAGGUAAUUUCCAUCCGGAAACUACAGACAUUAUCAUGUCACUGGUAAAUAGAUAUCUAAAGCUAGUAAUUUUAUGCUUCAUUAAACAAUACAGUAAUUCUAACACGACUUGAUAUAUUUUCCUAUUAAACAAAGACGACCACAACUGUGUGAUAAUAUGCAACAAGAUCACAGUUAGUACCUCAAAAGUAUUACGCCAUAGCGGCGCGGUGGAAAAGAAGACCACACCAUACAAAUCGGGCAAAUAUUUUAAAGAUGGCGUCAAGGAUGUAGAUAACAGUCCGUGAUAUUAUUUUUAUAUUUAUACCAGACUUAUAUAGCGCCCUUCUCAUGAUAAACACGAAAGCACACAGCCAGGCAGUCAGGGAGCCUUAUUCAUCUCUUCUGGUACAGACACUGUGUUAUCUGACCAGAGGAACAGAGCGAGAGAAAGCCCCAAGAUCCCCCAAAGUCUUGUUCGUUUCAACACGUCCGGUGUAUAGCACCGAUACACACGAAGAACCAGUACUGGCAUCUAAAUUGGGUGAACGACACUCAAGAGCAUCUCAGAAAUUUCCAGUGCAUGAAGCGAAGUCCUCCAGGACUACCAAAGAUGAGAGGUAAUAGUUCAAGGUGUGAGCCAAACAAAGGUGCUACGUUAUCUGAUGAAACCUAGGAUGUGGAUACGUGGAAAUACAAAAAUGUAUAUUCGUAACUCAAUGAAUAUUGCUGUAAAUAAUCAUAUGUAUAGUAAAACCCGAAAGAGUGUGUUUGAAAACAAUGCAAAGAGAAUGUUUCGAAGCGAUAACUCCAAGAUUUUGUUAAAAUAUAUAUAAAGGGUUUUAAAUUCUUUGGGUUUAGAAUUGAUGUAUGUUGUACAAUUCUAAUUCUAAUACUGUAGAUAAAUAAUACAACAUGAUUCGAUGACAAACAUGGAAGUAUGGCAUCUUUGAAAAAACUUAUCAUAUGUUACAACCAAGCAAAUAUUUUCCU